AUGGCGAAGUUCACUUUCGAAAUCGACGUCUACUCUGACCCGAUUUGCCCCUGGUGCUAUAUCGGCAAAGAAGCCCUCGACAAGGCGAUGGCAUCUUACGUGACAGAGCACCCUGAUACCGAAUUCAAGUUGACCUGGAAGCCGUAUAUGCUUUGGCCGAACGCGGGCGUCUCCGCCUACGACAAGGGGACAGUCCUCCAGACCGUCUUCGGCCCCAACACGCCCUCCAUCCGGCGGCGACUCACCCAGCUCGGAGCGCAGUACGACAUCGACUUCAAAUGGGAGGGCAAGACGGGCAACUCGCGGGACGCACACAAGCUGAUCCUACUGGCGAUGGAGCGCGACGCAGCCGCAGCCGCAGCCUCACAAAACGGCUCAACAACCCACGAGCCCCCAUCUCCCAGCUCACCACCCCCCACACCAUACGAUAAAGGUUUAUUUCUGACAAGAUCUAUUAGCAAUUCCUGA